AUGUCAUCAGAUGAGGAGAAAUACGCAUUUCCAGUUAUGCAGAAUGAGUGCAACCAAACCAGUUCAGGCUCUUCAGAUCUUCAGGAAGAGUAUGAAGAAUUGCUUCGUUAUACUAUAGUGACUCCAAAUCCUGAACCAGUAAGAAGAGAAAGAGAAACAAGGACGGAAGUUAGAAAAGGACGUGAUUUAAAUAUUUCAAGUCAUUCAAAGACAGAAGGUUUAUCACCAGGAUCAUCACCAAGGAAGCCUUUUCACCCGGUCAUGGAUUUUUUCAGUUCAAAUAUUUUAGGUGACUCUUCCACACCAGGGUCUAAUUCUAGUCCUGCAGGUGUCCAUGAAAUAAUUGCGGGCAAUCCUGUUGUUUCUGAAGAAAACCUUCAAAAGGUGGAAAGUGUACUGGAUCUUUGGAGUUCAGGUCUUAAGUCAAACGUCAUAUCUGAACUAACUAAAUGGAGACUAAAUUUUAUUGACUGGCACCGUAUGGAAAUGAAAAAAGAGAAAGAAAAACAUGCAGCACAUUUAAAACAACUAUGCAACCAGAUCAACAGCCUGAAGGAGCUGCAAAAAGCCUAUGAAAUCUCCAUUGGGAGAAAAGAUGAGGUGAUUUCCAGCUUGUCUCAUGCUAUAGGCAAGCAAAAGGAAAGGAUAGAGUUGAUGAGAACAUUCUUCCACUGGCGAAUUGGACAUGUCAAAUCCAGACAGGAUGCUUAUGAAGGGAAGCUCGCUGACCAGUACUUCCAGAGAACUUUACUGAAGAAAGUGUGGAUAGGCUGGCAUUCCACGGUGCAAAAGAAGUGGAAGGACGUGGUGGAGCGAGCUUGUCAAGCAAGAGCCGAGGAAGUUUGUGUCCAAAUUUCCAAUGAUUAUGAAAAUAAAGUUGCUGUGUUAUCUGGAGCUUUGGAAAAUGCAAAAGCUGAGAUCCAAAGAAUGCAACAUGAAAAAGAGCACUUUGAAGAUUCCAUGAAGAAAGCUUUCAUGAGGGGUGUGUGUGCAUUAAAUCUUGAAGCCAUGACAAUGUUUCAAAACAGAAAUGAUGCAGACUCCACAAAUAGUAAGAAGGAAGAGGAUGGUCCUGCUCAUCUGGAUCCUUCGACUCUGAUACUCUCAGCAGCUGCCCCAGCUCCGUCCUCAGCAACAGCAGCCAUGGGAAUGGCCAGCACUGCUGCCUUUCCCUCUGCCACGACCAUCACCUCUGCGGGGACUGCUUCUGCCUCCUCUGUUUCUGCUCCUCUCGGUGCGGGGUCCACAGCUCCCACUGCGUCAGAGGAAAUGUAUGUACCCAGAGUUGUGACAUCUGCACAACAGAAAGCUGGAAGAACAAUUACCGCCCGGAUCACGGGGAGAUCUGAUUUUGCUUCAAAAAACAGAAUUAGUAGCAGUUUAGCUAUAAUGGGAGUUUCUCCUCCCAUGAGUUCAGUUGUUGUGGAAAAACAUCAUCCAGUCACAGUGCAAACCAUUCCUCAAGCUACUGCAGCAAAAUACCCCCGGACUAUUCAUCCCGAAAGUACUACCUCAGCUUCCAGGUCCCUCGGAACCAGAUCCACUCACACCCAGUCCCUCACGAGCGUUCACUCCAUCAAAGUGGUUGACUAA